AUGGGAAACACACAAGCGAUAUUAUCUGAAAAAGAUCAAAAAGAUUUAUUACAAGCAGCUAAUUUUAGUGAAACAGAUAUCAAAAAAAUGUAUAAAAGAUUUAUAGAACUUGAUACAAAUAAAAAUGGACAGUUAGAUCCUAAUGAAUUAUUUGAUGUUCCUGAAAUAUGUGAUAAUCCCCUAGUUAAAAGAGUUAUAUCAAUAUUUGAUUCAAAUUCAGAUGGAAAAGUUUCAUUUGUAGAAUUUUUAGUUGGAAUAA